AUGCCUCUCCAACUGACUGUGAUCAUCAUCGGGGCGGGCAUCGGUGGCCUGGCUGCUGCAGUAGCACUUCGUCAAGCUGGCCACAAAGUCACCGUGCUGGAAAAGUACAGCAACAAGCGCGAGGUCGGCUUCGCGGUAACGGUAUCCCCCAAUGCAAAUAGGGUGCUACGAAGCCUGGGUGUCGACUUCCAGAGGGCUCGUAUGGUGUACUGCACCGAAGAGGUAAUCAUCCAGGCGGCACCAGCGGCACCAGCACAGCAGCCAUUUCAAGUGCUAUGGCAGUCAUCGUUGGCCAAUCUCGAGAAGGAGUACGGGGCGCCGUGGAUGACGGUACACCGCGUGGACCUGCACAAUUGUCUCCGAGAGCUGGCCACCAGCAAAGAGGGCGCAGGUGUGCCGGUGGAGAUUGUAGAGGGAGUUUCGGUCAUGCAGUUUGACCCGGCGGGCUCGAUUACACGGCAGAAUGGAGAGGUGUCAAGGGCAGAUUUCAUCGUGGCGGCGGACGGCGUGAAGUCGAAAGCCCACCAGGUCAUUGUGGAAGAUGGAGAAGAGAGACCUGCGAAGCGGAGCGGAAUCAGCAAUGUGCGGGUGUGCGUGCCAACUCAGGCACUGCUGGAGGACCAGGAAUUACGGGAGUACUUGGAGCUGGCCCCCAAUGGAACCUCUGUGACAUUUGGGACACGACGAGAUCGCAUGAUUCUGCGAUAUCCAUGUCGGGACAACCUCGAGCAAAACUUUGGCUUCUACGCCGCCGACAACGCCAACGAGCUUGCCGCCAACGAGCAGAAAUGGAAAACGCAGACGUGCAAACAAAUCGCCCUCGACCGCAUCCAGAGCCUGCACCCUUCUCUCCUCAAACUGCUCGACUGCUGCAAUGAAGACGACAUGUACCUCUGGAAAGUGAUGGACCGUGACCCUCUGCCUACCUACCACAAGGACCACCUGAUCGUGCUCGGCGACGCUGCGCACCCCAUGCUGCCGACCCUGGGCAACGGUGCGGGCAUGGCGAUCGAGGAUGCAGGAGCCUUAGGGGUGGUCAUGGAGGGAGUCAAGGACGUGGGCGAGGUGACGGGACGGUUACAGGUGUGGGAUCGCCUUCGUAGACCGAGGGCGAGUGCAGUGCAGCUGUUGAGUCGUACGAUCGGAGUCGAGUAUGAGCUCAGUGGGGAGACGCGGAAGAUGGUCAGAGAUUAUCUGGCGGAGGAGGAACUGCCGGACUUUGGGCGAGCGUGUGUGAAUCGGCUGUUGUUUAAUUACGAUUGCCUAGGGGAGACGAGGAGGGUGGUGUCGGUGUAG